AGAUAGCCCCGGGAACCUGAGAGUGCGCCUGGUCAGCAGAGAAAUGCUCCAUAGACUUCGAAAAAAAACCAAGAGUGAACGUAGAAGUUUGUGGACACGCUUUGACAGUAACUUCGACAUGGUAAGACCUUUUAAAUGGCGCUAUAUUUCUACCUAUUUAACAUUAUUCUAAUGGUUUAUCUGUAUGCGUCAGCUAGUGUCUUGCGCUACACAAUGUCCUUGAUAUUUGGCGAUGCAGGCUAUGAAGUUCCAUCAAAUGUGCCUGCAUUAUGUCGCUUUUAAGAGUUGGCAUACAGUCUAGUAGUGGUAGUAGGAAUAACACUAUUUAUAACACUUUCUAGUCGUAAUGACUAUAUUGUCAUGAUCAUUAAAAAGAGAGGUUUGUAUGUAGGCUAAAUGUUUCUCUGAUUCUGAUUGUUAUUGUGCUACUCCAAGCAGACGCAACACGGACCCUGCUGAACUAUUAUAAAUAUAUUGUCGUCUUUUAUGACAGGGUUUACUCCUAUAAUGGAGGAAUAGAGAACCCCGUCCGGGACUAACAGCGAUAUUACACAUCAUCACCACAUCAUCAUCCCCGUCAAUGAAGACUGCAGGCAUGGCCUUGUUCAAGCAGCAGAGAGUGGAGGAUUUCUACCACAUCGGAGAAGAAUUAGGAAGGUACAGGAUUAUAAUAAAGUUACAUUGUAUUCUGUUCUAUUCUAUUGUAAUGCAUAUCUCGUCCCUUAACCACGUCACAUUAUGGAGCACUUAGAGGAAACCUUUGAGGGUCAAAAGUCGUAGGGACACAUUGACAUGACAGUGAAGUGGGUUGCUCUAUUGACAUGACAGUGAAUGUGGUUGCUCUAUUGACAUGACAGUGAAUGUGGUUGCUCUAUUGACAUGACAGUGAAUGUGGUUGCUCUAUUGACAUGACAGUGAAUGUGGUUGCUCUAUUGACAUGACAGUGAAUGGGGUUGUUCUAUUGACAUGACAGUGAAUGGGGUUGCUCUAUUGACAUGACAGUGAAUGGGGUUGCUCUAUUGACAUGACAGUGAAUAUGGUUGCUCUAUUGACAUGACAGUGAAUGGGGUUGCUCUAUUGACAUGACAGUGAAUUGGGGUUGCUCUAUUGACAUGACAGUGAAUUGGGGUUGCUCUAUUGACAUGACAGUGAAUGGGGUUGCUCUAUGAACAUGACAGUGAAUAUGGUUGCUCUAUUGACAUGACAGUGAAUGGGGUUGCUCUAUUGACAUGACAGUGAAUAUGGUUGCUCUAUUGACAUGACAGUGAAUGUGGUUGCUCUAUUGACAUGACAGUGAAUGUGGUUGCUCUAUUGACAUGACAGUGGAUGUGGUUGCUCUAUUGACAUGACAGUGAAUGGGGUUGCUCUAUUGACAUGACAGUGAAUAUGGUUGCUCUAUUGACAUGACAAUGAAUGUGGUUGCUCUAUUGACAUGACAGUGAAUGUGGUUGCUCUAUUGACAUGACAGUGAAUUGGGGUUGCUCUAUUGACAUGACAGUGAAUGGGGUUGCUCUAUUGACAUUACAGUGAAUAUGGUUGCUCUAUUGACAUGACAGUGAAUGUGGUUGCUCUAUUGACAUGACAGUGAAUGUGGUUGCUCUAUUGACAUGACAGUGAAUAUGGUUGCUCUAUUGACAUGACAGUGAAUGUGGUUGCUCUAUUGACAUGACAGUGAAUGUGGUUGCUCUAUUGACAUGACAGUGAAUGUGGUUGCUCUAUUGACAUGACAGUGAAUGUGGUUGCUCUAUUGACAUGACAGUGAAUGGGGUUGCUCUAUUGACAUGACAGUGAAUUGGGGUUGCUCUAUUGACAUGACAGUGAAUGUGGUUGCUCUAUUGACAUGACAGUGAAUGGGGUUGCUCUAUUGACAUGACAGUGAAUUGGGGUUGCUCUAUUGACAUGACAGUGAAUGGGGUUGCUCUAUUGACAUGACAGUGAAUGUGGUUGCUCUAUUGACAUGACAGUGAAUGUGGUUGCUCUAUUGACAUGACAGUGAAUUGGGGUUGCUCUAUUGACAUGACAGUGAAUGGGGUUGCUCUAUUGACAUGACAGUGAAUGUGGUUGCUCUAUUGACAUGACAGUGAAUAUGGUUGCUCUAUUGACAUGACAGUGAAUGUGGUUGCUCUAUUGACAUGACAGUGAAUAUGGUUGCUCUAUUGACAUGACAAUGAAUGUGGUUGCUCUAUUGACAUGACAGUGAAUGUGGUUGCUCUAUUGACAUGACAGUGAAUGUGGUUGCUCUAUUGACAUGACAGUGAAUUGGGGUUGCUCUAUUGACAUGACAGUGAAUGGGGUUGCUCUAUUGACAUGACAGUGAAUUGGGGUUGCUCUAUUGACAUGACAGUGAAUGUGGUUGCUCUAUUGACAUGACAGUGAAUGUGGUUGCUCUAUUGACAUGACAGUGAAUAUGGUUGCUCUAUUGACAUGACCGUGAAUGUGGUUGCUCUAUUGACAUGACAGUGAAUAUGGUUGCUCUAUUGACAUGACAAUGAAUGUGGUUGCUCUAUUGACAUGACAGUGAAUGUGGUUGCUCUAUUGACAUGACAGUGAAUGUGGUUGCUCUAUUGACAUGACAGUGAAUUGGGGUUGCUCUAUUGACAUGACAGUGAAUGGGGUUGCUCUAUUGACAUGACAGUGAAUAUGGUUGCUCUAUUGACAUGACAGUGAAUGUGGUUGCUCUAUUGACAUGACAGUGAAUGUGGUUGCUCUAUUGACAUGACAGUGAAUAUGGUUGCUCUAUUGACAUGACAGUGAAUGUGGUUGCUCUAUUGACAUGACAGUGAAUGUGGUUGCUCUAUUGACAUGACAGGGAAUGUGGUUGCUCUAUUGACAUGACAGUGAAUGUGGUUGCUCUAUUGACAUGACAGUGAAUGUGGUUGCUCUAUUGACAUGACAGUGAAUGUGGUUGCUCUAUUGACAUGACAGUGAAUGUGGUUGCUCUAUUGACAUGACAGUGAAUGUGGUUGCUCUAUUGACAUGACAGUGAAUGUGGUUGCUCUAUUGACAUGACAGUGAAUAUGGUUGCUCUAUUGACAUGACAGUGAAUGUGGUUGCUCUAUUGACAUGACAGUGAAUGUGGUUGCUCUAUUGACAUGACAGUGAAUAUGGUUGCUCUAUUGACAUGACAGUGAAUGUGGUUGCUCUAUUGACAUGACAGUGAAUAUGGUUGCUCUAUUGACAUGACAGUGAAUGGGGUUUCUCUAUUGACAUGACAGUGAAUGUGGUUGCUCUAUUGACAUGACAGUGAAUGUGGUUGCUCUAUUGACAUGACAGUGAAUGUGGUUGCUCUAUUGACAUGACAGUGAAUGUGGUUGCUCUAUUGACAUGACAGUGAAUAUGGUUGCUCUAUUGACAUGACAGUGAAUGGGGUUGCUCUAUUGACAUGACAGUGAAUGUGGUUGCUCUAUUGACAUGACAGUGAAUGUGGUUGCUCUAUUGACAUGACAGUGAAUGUGGUUGCUCUAUUGACAUGACAGUGAAUGUGGUUGCUCUAUUGACAUGACAGUGAAUGUGGUUGCUCUAUUGACAUGACAGUGAAUGUGGUUGCUCUAUUGACAUGACAGUGAAUAUGGUUGCUCUAUUGACAUGACAGUGAAUGUGGUUGCUCUAUUGACAUGACAGUGAAUGUGGUUGCUCUAUUGACAUGACAGUGAAUUGGGGUUGCUCUAUUGACAUGACAGUGAAUGGGGUUGCUCUAUUGACAUGACAGUGAAUGUGGUUGCUCUAUUGACAUGACAGUGAAUGGGGUUGCUCUAUUGACAUGACAGUGAAUGUGGUUGCUCUAUUGACAUGACAGUGAAUUGGGGUUGCUCUAUUGACAUGACAGUGAACGUGGUUGCUCUAUUGACAUGACAGUGAAUGGGGUUGCUCUAUUGACAUGACAGUGAAUGGGGUUGUGUCACUUGUUUUGUUACUUGCUACCUUCACAAACACUGUUCUGUAUAUACGAAAAGGAACUUUCCGGAUGUUAUAUCUACAGCUGAGAUGGCACUGGUAUUAUCCUGCAUCAGUGCAUUCAGAUGUUGUUGAAUCCUUACAGAUGUGUCUGUGUGAAUACUCAGGCUGUCCUUCCAGAUGUGUCUGUGUGAAUACUCAUAUAGAUGAAAGACCUGUUUAAAGGUAGACUCAGCGAUAUGACAGUUGUGAAGAGGGCACGACAACACCUUUUCCCACUCAAGAUUUGGCAUGGGUCCCCAGAUCCUCAAAAAGUUAUACAGCUGCACCAUCGAGAGCAUCCUGACUGGUUGCAUCACCACCUGGUAUGGCAACCGCUCUGCAUCUGACCGUAAGGCGCUACAGAGGGUAGUGCGUACUGCCCAGUACAUCACUGGGGCCAAGCGGUACCGGAGCACCAAGUCUAGGACAAAAAAGCUCCUUAACAGGUAGACUCAGCGAAAUGACAUAACUGCAAGACCUGUUUAAAGGUAGACUCAGCGAUAUGACGUAGCUGAAAGACCUGUUUAAAAGGUAGACUCAGCGAUAUGACGUAGCUGAAAGCACUGUUUAAAAGGUAGACUCAGCAAUAUGAUGUAGCUGAAAGACCUGUUUAAAAGGUAGACUCAGCGAUAUGACGUAAAUGAAAGCACUGUUUAAAAGGUAGACUCAGCGAUAUGACGUAAAUGAAAGCACUGUUUAAAAGGUAGACUCAGCGAUAUGACGUAGCUGAAAGACCUGUUUAAAAGAUAGACUCAGCAAUAUGACGUAGCUGAAAGACCUGUUUAAAAGGUAGACUCAGCGAUAUGACGUAAAUGAAAGCACUGUUUAAAAGGUAGACUCAGCGAUAUGACGUAGCUGAAAGACCUGUUUAAAAGAUAGACUCAGCAAUAUGAUGUAGCUGAAAGACCUGUUUAAAAGGUAGACUCAGCGAUAUGACGUAAAUGAAAGCACUGUUUAAAAGGUAGACUCAGCGAUAUGACGUAGCUGAAAGCACUGUUUAAAAGGUAGACUCAGCGAUAUGACGUAGAUGAAAGCACUGUUUAAAAGGUAGACUCAGCGAUAUGACGUAGCUGAAAGACCUGUUUAAAAGGUAGACUCAGCAAUAUGACGUAGCUGAAAGCACUGUUUAAAAGGUAGACUCAGCGAUAUGACGUAGCUGAAAGACCUGUUUAAAAUAUACACUCAGCAAUAUGACGUAGCUGAAAGCACUGUUUAAAGGUAGACUCAGCGAAAUGACAUAACUGCAAGACCUGUUUAAAAGGUAGACUCAGCGAUAUGACGUAGCUGAAAGACCUGUUUAAAAGGUAGACUCAGCAAUAUGACGUAGCUGAAAGCACUGUUUAAAAGGUAGACUCAGCGAUAUGACGUAGCUGAAAGACCUGUUUAAAAGAUAGACUCAGCAAUAUGACGUAGCUGAAAGACCUGUUUAAAGGUAGACUCAGCGAAAUGACAUAACUGCAAGACCUGUUUAAAGGUAGACUCAGCGAUAUGACGUAGCUGAAAGACCUGUUUAAAAGGUAGACUCAGCGAUAUGACGUAGCUGAAAGCACUGUUUAAAAGGUAGACUCAGCGAUAUGACGUAGCUGAAAGCACUGUUUAAAAGGUAGACUCAGCGAUAUGACGUAGCUGAAAGACCUGUUUAAAAGGUAGACUCAGCAAUAUGACGUAGCUGAAAGCACUGUUUAAAAGGUAGACUCAGCAAUAUGACGUAGCUGAAAGCACUGUUUAAAAGGUAGACUCAGCAAUAUGACGUAGCUGAAAGCACUGUUUAAAAGGUAGACUCAGCGAUAUGACGUAGAUGAAAGCACUGUUUAAAAGGUAGACAGCGAUAUGACGUAGCUGAAAGCACUGUUUAAAAGGUAGACUCAGCAAUAUGACGUAGCUGAAAGCACUGUUUAAAAGAUAGACUCAGCAAUAUGACGUAGCUGAAAGCACUGUUUAAAAGAUAGACUCAGCAAUAUGACGUAGCUGAAAGCACUGUUUAAAAGGUAGACUCAGCGAUAUGACGUAGAUGAAAGCACUGUUUAAAAGAUAGACUCAGCAAUAUGACGUAGCUGAAAGCACUGUUUAAAAGAUAGACUCAGCAAUAUGACGUAGCUGAAAGCACUGUUUAAAAGAUAGACUCAGCAAUAUGACGUAGCUGAAAGCACUGUUUAAAAGAUAGACUCAGCAAUAUGACGUAGCUGAAAGACCUGUUUAAAAGGUAGACUCAGCGAUAUGACGUAGCUGAAAGACCUGUUUAAAAGGUAGACUCACCGAUAUGACGUAGCUGAAAGCACUGUUUAAAAGGUAGACUCAGCGAUAUGACGUAGAUGAAAGACCUGUUUAAAAGGUAGACUCAGCGAUAUGACGUAGCUGAAAGACCUGUUUAAAAGGUAGACUCAGCGAUAAGACGUAGCUGAAAGCACUGUUUAAAAGGCUUCCUUUCAUGCUGCCUCACAAUGUGUUGUACCGUUUUGGUUCAUAUUAGAAGACCACAACGUGAAUCUUAUAAUAUGGCCAUAGACAUGCAGCUCAUCACUACAGGCCAUUAGCCGCUAUGUGCAACUCUAUCUCAAUUCCCUUUUUGUAGCUUUACCCAGUCCGGAAAUCAACAAGGUUGAAAACUAGAUGUUUGAAAGAGAUUAAGGGAAUAUUGGUUGAGGUAACAUAGCUUUUUCCUUGUACUGUCCAGGUUCUCAAAGCACUCAGGCUGUACUCAGUGACCCAGUAGUUUAUUUGAAGUCACUUCUCUAGAGUCAGCUGAGCUGGCAGGCAGUCACCCCUCACGCUGCUGUUUCAAGAUGGCUUCCUUCUAUCUUUAGAGGUCUGUGUUCAUGUCUACUCACACAGCUACACCGUGAAUGAGGAAGUGGAGCUGUACUUUACCUCACUGCCUCACUGUACUGACAGUAGAGGAAAAACACAUGGAGACACAAUCACUGUUCGCAUCCCAAAUGGCACCCUAUCCCCUAUGGGCCCUGGGCAUAAGCAGUGCACUAUAUAGGGAAUACACUCUUCCAAAAAAAAAAAAAGCUGCUAUCUAGAACCUAAAAGGGUUUGUUCGGCUGUCCCCAUAGGAGAAGCCUUUGAAGAACCCUUUUUGGUUCCAGGUAGAAUAUUUUUUGAGUUCCAUGUAGAACCCUUUACACAGAGGGUUCUACAUGGAACCCAAAAUAGUUCUGCCUGGAACUGAACAGGGUUCUCCUAUGAGGAAAGCAGAAGAACCCUUUUGGAACCUUUUUUUCCUAAGAGUGUAGGGUGCAACUUGGUAUACAGCCACUGAAUGACCGUUGACUUUAUUCCCACAUCCUCUCGGUUUCUUUACUUUCCUCUGUUUGUAUGUGAGGAGAAAACCCCAGAGCUGGGUCUUAGACAUUAAGGAAUUGGAAGUAUUUGAGGUGCGCUUGAUUUAGCUUAGAGUGUGCAUUUGUGGUUGCUAUUCCGUUGGUUCCAUUGUACAUGGCAGACUACUAAAUCAAGUGCGGCAAAGUAUUUCCCAUAGGCUACCGUAUUCGGGUGAACACAGGUCUGUACAACACCUGAUGGUCUUUCAAAUGUGUUUAGUUGUCUGUGAAAGUGAAUGCACGAUGUAAAACCCCAGAGUUGUCAUGCUCGGCUCAUGCUGUCACAUGGACUUGACUGCUGCAUUACCACUCCACUAUGAAUAGACCCGGUAGCCUCGCAGGAAAUGUCUGAACAUUCUGCAGGACAAAUUGAGUUAACCCUUCAACAUACCACACCUUCUGACUGCACCGUGGUUAUUUACAGGAUUUAAAGAGACAGUGUUUUACACACUGCCGCAACAGAUAUUAGAAAUGUUCUAUUGUAUAAUACAUGAAAAUCCUCUGACGAUUCCCCCCUGACACGUAACGGACCUUUCCUCUCUGACACUGAAAUAACAUACCCUCCCAUCUACCGUUCGUCUGAUCUGAUUCUGUAGAGACACAUGGUGCAGGUUUUAACAACAUAAUCAUCAAUUUUUUUUUCAAGCUGAAUAUUUUUUUCAUCAUUUUUUGUGUCCCUCCUCUCGUCUGGGUUCCAGUGGUCAGUUUGCCAUCGUGAAGCGUUGCCGGGAGAAGAGCACAGGUCUGGAGUUCGCCGCUAAGUUCAUCAAGAAACGUCAGAGCAGAUCCAGCCGGCGGGGAGUCAGGAGGGAGGAGAUAGAGAGAGAGGUCAACAUCCUGCAGCAGACACAACACCCCAACAUAGUCACCUUCCACGACGUCUACGAGAACCGCACUGACGUGGUGCUCAUCCUGGAGUUGUGAGUGACACCAGAGGGGGGAAGACUACAAACCAGGACCAAGGAGUUAGCCAGCUAACUUGCCUAAAUAUUCUUACAUCACUUUUUUUUUUUUUUUUUUUUGAAAGAUAAGCUUGAAAUGGGAAUGAUUUAGUUGACUCAACAAACGGAAACACAUCUCUAAGAUUAGCAUUUCUUAAUGAACCAGGAAAUGUGUGUUUUAUUUCUGGUUGUUUAUCAAACAAAGCUGUAGCUCAGCUGGUAGAGCACGGCGCUUGUAACGCCAAGGUAGUGGGUUCGAUCCCCGGGACCACCCAUACACAAAAAUGUAUGCACGCAUGACUGUAAGUCGCUUUGGAUAAAAGCGUCUGCUAAAUGGCAUAUUAUAUUAUUAUUAUUAUAAAGUUAGCUGGCUAACUCAUUGAUCCUGCCUUGUAGUAUAUUACCCCUCUGGGCCUGUAGCCACAAAGCCUCUCAGAGUAAAGAGUGCUGAUCUAGGACCAGUUUAGAUCAUAACGAAUAAGAUUAAUGUGGACUGAUUGAUUAAUGUGGACUGAUUGAUUAAUGUGGACUGAUUGAUUAAUGUGGACUGAUUGAUUAAUGUGGACUGAUUGAUUAAUGUGGACUGAUUGAUUAAUGUGGGCUGAUUGAUUAAUGUGGGCUGAUUGAUUAAUGUGGACUGAUUGAUUAAUGUGGACUGAUUGAUUAAUGUGGACAUUAAUGUGGACUGAUUGAUUAAUGUGGACUGAUUGAUUAAUGUGGACUGAUUGAUUAAUGUGGACUGAUUGAUUAAUGUGGACUGAUUGAUUAAUGUGGACUGAUUGAUUAAUGUGGACUGAUUGAUUAAUGUGGGCUGAUUGAUUAAUGUGGACUGAUUGAUUAAUGUGGACUGAUUGAUUAAUGUGGACUGAUUGAUUAAUGUGGACUUAAUGUGGAUGAUGAUUAAUGUGGGCUGAUUGAUUAAUGUGGGCUGAUUGAUUAAUGUGGACUGAUUGAUUAAUGUGGACUGAUUGAUUAAUGUGGACAUUAAUGUGGACUGAUUGAUUAAUGUUGGACUGGGAUUGAGUUAAUUGUGGGACUGAUUGGAUUAAUGUGGACUGAUGAUUACUUGGAUAAUGUGGACUGAUUGAUUAUGUGGACUUGAUUUGAUAAUGUGGAUGAUUGUUAAUGUUUUUUUUUUUUUUUUCUUUCUUUGUGGACUGAUUGAUUAAUGUGGACUGAUUUGAUUAAUGUGGGCUGAUUGAUUAAUUGGACUGAUUGAUUAAUGGGACUGAUUGAUUAAUGUGGGCUGAGUGAUUAAUGUGGACUGAUUGAUUAAUGUGGACUGAUUGAUUAAUGUGGACUGAUUGAUUAAUGUGGGCUGAUUGAUUAAUGUGGACUGAUUGAUUAAUGUGGACUGAUUGCACUCCUACUCUGAAAGGCUUUGUGGGUAGGGGCCCUGACCCUAGACUGUCUAUGGUCCGGACAAAUCAGAAUGAGGCCAGAGAGAAAUGCCCCUGAUUUUUUUUUUUAGAAACGUUGUAGUCAUGUAUAAUCCAUGAAAUUGUCAUCAGCUAAUAAUGGGUCCGUCUCAGACAGUAACAAACACAGUCUUAGCCUGGGAGCCACUCUGGUUUUGGUCUUUCACCUAUAACAUCUGUUCUGCUACGAUUGAGAGAUGCUCAGUGUGUGUGUGUGUGUGUGUGUGUGUGUGUGUGUGUGUGUGUGUGUGUGUGUGUGUGUUGCAGGGUGUCAGGAGGAGAGCUGUUUGACUUCCUGGCCCAGAAGGAGUCUCUGAGUGAAGAGGAAGCCACUCAGUUUAUCAAACAGAUUCUACAGGGGGUCCACUACCUACACUCUAGGAAGAUAGCACACUUUGAUUUGAAGGUGUGUGUGUGUGUGUGUGUGUGUGUGUGUGUGUGUGUGUGUGUGUGUGCUGCCUUUAUGAGGUAGCCAUUUUAGAGGCGAGGACCAGAUUUAGUUUCUGUGGUGACAAAUCAUCUCUGUGGCCAACAGCCCUCUUAGGUGAGCCAGUCUAACUCUGAGUGUGCUGCCAGUCUAGUGAUGUCAUUCAUUCAGAAGAGCAGCUGCAACUAAACACAACACGCUGGUCCUACUACCAUGGUGCCCAUCCUCACAACACGCUGGUCCUACUACCAUGGUGCCCAUCCUCACAACACGCUGGUCCUACUGCCAUGGUGCCCAUCCUCACAACACGCUGGUCCUACUACCAUGGUGCCCAUCCUCACAACACGCUGGUCCUACUACCAUGGUGCCCAUCCUCACAACACACUGGUCCUACUACCAUGGUGCCCAUCCUCACAACACGCUGGUCCUACUGCCAUGGUGCCCAUCCUCACAACCACACUGGUCCUACUACCAUGGUGCCCAUCCUCACAACACACUGGUCCUACUACCAUGGUGCCCAUCCUCACAACCACGCUGGUCCUACUGCCAUGGUGCCCAUCCUCACAACACGCUGGUCCUACUACCAUGGUGCCCAUCCUCACAACACACUGGCCCUACUGCCAUGGUGCCCAUCCUCACAACACGCUGGUCCUACUGCCAUGGUGCCCAUCCUCACAACCACGCUGGUCCUACUACCAUGGUGCCCAUCCUCACAACACACUGGCCCUACUGCCAUGGUGCCCAUCCUCACAACACACUGGUCCUACUGCCAUGGUGCCCAUCCUCACAACACGCUGGUCCUACUACCAUGGUGCCCAUCCUCACAACACGCUGGUCCUAGUACCAUGGUGCCCAUCCUCACAACACGCUGGUCCUACUGCCAUGGUGCCCAUCCUCACAACACACUGGUCCUACUACCAUGGUGCCCAUCCUCACAACACACUGGUCCUACUACCAUGGUGCCCAUCCUCACAACACGCUGGUCCUACUGCCAUGGUGCCCAUCCUCACAACACACUGGUCCUACUACCAUGGUGCCCAUCCUCACAACACACUGGUCCUACUACCAUGGUGCCCAUCCUCACAACACGCUGGUCCUACUGCCAUGGUGCCCAUCCUCAACAACACGCUGGCCCUACUACCAUGGUGCCCAUCCUCAACAACACGCUGGUCCUACUGCCAUGGUGCCCAUCCUCAACAACACACUGGUCCUACUGCCAUGGUGCCCAUCCUCACAACACACUGGCCCUACUGCCAUGGUGCCCAUCCUCACAACACACUGGUCCUACUACCAUGGUGCCCAUCCUCACAACACACUGGCCCUACUGCCAUGGUGCCCAUCCUCACAACACGCUGGCCCUACUGCCAUGGUGCCCAUCCUCACAACACGCUGGUCCUACUGCCAUGGUGCCCAUCCUCACAACACGCUGGCCCUACUGCCAUGGUGCCCAUCCUCACAACACGCUGGUCCUACUGCCAUGGUGCCCAUCCUCACAACCACGCUGGUCCUACUGCCAUGGUGCCCAUCCUCACAACACGCUGGCCCUACUGCCAUGGUGCCCAUCCUCACAACACGCUGGUCCUACUGCCAUGGUGCCCAUCCUCACAACACGCUGGUCCUACUGCCAUGGUGCCCAUCCUCACAACACGCUGGUCCUACUGCCAUGGUGCCCAUCCUCACAACCACGCUGGUACGACUCUCCAUUGAAAGAGAACUGCCACGGCACCACUCAUGAAUUAAUAACUUCUUACAACCCAGAGUUCAAUCCAAUACAGUCACUUCUCCUUUUUCUCUCUCCUGUGAAACAUAAAAUAUGGAUGAUAUUUCAUCAAGUUUUCAGCAGCUUGUACUAUUUGAUAUAAACAUGAAUGGUGGUUUCAGUGGCUUUUCUCUUUAAAGAGGAAUGUUUUUAUAAGAUCAGCAGAAAGAUGUUGGAUUGAAGCUGUAUAAUACAGGGCUACAAUAGGAGGAAGCUGUAUAAUACAGGGCUACAAUAGGAGGAAGCUGUAUAAUACAGGGCUACAAUAGGAGGAAGCUGUAUAAUACAGGGCUACAAUAGGAGGAAGCUGUAUAAUACAGGGCUACAAUAGGAGGAAGCUGUAUAAUACAGGGCUACAAUAGGAGGAAGCUGUAUAAUACAGGGCUACAAUAGGAGGAAGCUGUAUAAUACAGGGCUACAAUAGGAGGAAGCUGUAUAAUACAGGGCUACAAUAGGAGGAAGCUGUAUAAUACAGGGCUACAAUAGGAGGGAAGCUGUAUAAUACAGGGCUACAAUAGGAGGAAGCUGUAUAAUACAGGGCUACAAUAGGAGGAAGCUGUAUAAUACAGGGCUACAAUAGGAGGAAGCUGUAUAAUACAGGGCUACAAUAGGAGGAAGCUGUAUAAUACAGGGCUACAAUAGGCGGAAGCUGUAUAAUACAGGGCUACAAUAGGAGGAAGCUGUAUAAUACAGGGCUACAAUAGGAGGAAGCUGUAUAAUACAGGGCUACAAUAGGAGGAAGCUGUAUAAUACAGGGCUACAAUAGGAGGAAGCUGUAUAAUACAGGGCUACAAUAGGAGGAAGCUGUAUAAUACAGGGCUACAAUAGGAGGAAGCUGUAUAAUACAGGGCUACAAUAGGAGGAAGCUGUAUAAUACAGGGCUACAAUAGGAGGAAGCUGUAUAAUGCAGGGCUACAAUAGGAGGAAGCUGUAUAGUAGAGGGCUACAAUAGGAGGAAGCUGUAUAAUACAGGGCUACAAUAGGAGGAAGCUGUAUAAUACAGGGCUACAAUAGGAGGAAGCUGUAUAAUACAGGGCUACAAUAGGAGGAAGCUGUAUAGUAGAGGGCUACAAUAGGAGGAAGCUGUAUAAUACAGGGCUACAAUAGGAGGAAGCUGUAUAAUACAGGGCUACAAUAGGAGGAAGCUGUAUAAUACAGGGCUACAAUAGGAGGAAGCUGUAUAAUACAGGGCUACAAUAGGAGGAAGCUGUAUAGUAGAGGGCUACAAUAGGAGGAAGCUGUAUAAUACAGGGCUACAAUAGGAGGAAGCUGUAUAAUACAGGGCUACAAUAGGAGGAAGCUGUAUAAUGCAGGGAGCUUGCUUGCAUGAGGGCUGGACUGCUGAAAUCUGUACCGCUGAGAGCUUCAUACUGUAAAUCCCAUUAGGGAGAGGCAGGGCUGGGGUGCAGCUCACAGCACUCUACCUCAGAUAGAGAGAUGAACAGAGAGGGGGAGAGAGAGAAAGUGCUGUGUCAGGUAUGGAAGAGCGUUCAAUAAGGGUGCAGUCCUUCCCAGCAUUGACAGAGAGGCUAGCUGUGGUCUCACCACAGGAAGACUGGGGGAGACGAGAGAGACAGAGGAGGGAGAGGGAGGGGAGAUGGGAGAGACAGGGGAGAGGGAGGGGGAGAUGGGAGAGACAGAGGAGGGAGAAGGGAGGGGGAGAAAGGGGCGAGGGGGGGGAGACGGGAGAGACAGAGGAGGGAGCAGAGGGAGGGGAGACAGGGGAGAGGAGAGGGAGAUGGGAGAAGAGACACGAGGGGGAGAGGGAGGGGAGACAGGGGAGGCAGACAGGGGAGAGGGAGAUGGGAAGAGACAGGCGAGGGAGAGGGGGAGGGGAGACAGGGGAAGGGAGGGGGAGAACGGGAGAGACAGAGGAGGGAGCGGGAGGGGAGACAGGGGAGAGGGAGAUGGUAGAGACAGAGGAGGGAGAGGGAGGGGAGACAGGGGAAGAGGGAGAGGGAGAUGGGAGAGACAGAGGAGGGAGAAGGAGGGGAGACAGGGGAGAGGGAGUCGGAGAGACAGAGGAGGGAGAGGAGACAGGGGAGAGGGAGAUGGUAGAGACAGAGGAGGGAGAAGUAGGGAGACGAGGAGAGGGGGAGGGGGAGACGGGAGAGACAGAGGAGGGAGAGGGAGGGGAGACAGGGGAGAGGGAGAUGGAUAGAGACAGAGGAGGGAGAGGGAGGGGAGACAGGGGAGAGGGAGAGGGAGAUGGGAGAGACAGAGGAGGGAGAGGAGGGGAGACAGGGGAGAGGGAGAGGGAGAUGGGAGAGACAGAGGAGGGAGAGGGAGGGGAGACAGGGGAGAGGGAGAUGGGAGAGACAGAGGAGGGAGAGGGAGGGGAGACAGGGGAGAGGGGAGGGGGAGACGGGAGAGACAGAGGAGGGAGAGGGAGGGGAGACAGGGGAGACAGGAGAGAGAGAGGAGGGAGGAGGAGAGGAGGGGAGACAGGGGAGAGGGAGAUGGGAGAGACAGAGGAGGGAGAGGGAGGGGAGACAGGGAGAGGGAGAGAAAGAUGAGGAGGAGACAGAGGAGGGAGAGGGAGGGGAGAAAGGGGCGAGGGAGAGGGAGAUGGGAGAGACAGAGGAGGGAGAGGGAGGGGAGACAGGGGAGAGGAGAAGAGGGAGAGAGGGGAGAGGGGAGAGGGAGAGAGAGGAGGGAGAGGGAGAGGAGAAGGGGAGAGGGGAAGAGGACGGGAGAGGGAGGGAGACAGGGAGAGAGAGGGGGGAGGGAGAGAAGAGAGGGACAGGGAGGGAGAGGGAGAGAGAGAUGGGAGAGACAGAGGAGGGAGAGGGAGGGGAGACAGGGGAGAGGGAGAUGGGAGAGGGAGAAGGGAGAGGAGAGGAGGGGAGACAGGGAGAGAGAGGGGAGAUGGAGACGAGGAGGGAGAGGGAGGGGAGACAGGGGAGAGGGAGAGGGAGACGGGAGAGACAGAGGAGGGAGAGGGAGGGGAGACAGGGGAGAGGGAGGGGAGACAGGGGAGAGGGAGAGGGAGUCGGGUGCCAUUUGGGACGCAGACUGUACAGACUGAGGCACAUAUGAAGUCCAGGUGUGACGUCUCCUUGACACCACGGCUGGCUGUAUGAAGUCCAGGUGUGACACUCCUUGACACCACGGCUGGCUGUAUGAAGUCCAGGUGUGACGUCUCCUUGACACCACGGCUGGCUGUAUGAAGUCCAGGUGUGACGUCUCCUUGACACCACGGCUGGCUGUAUAAGUCCAGGUGUGACGUCUCCUUGACACCACGGCUGGCUGUAUGAAGUCCAGGUGUGACGUCUCCUUGACACCACGGCUGGCUGUAUGAAGUCCAGGUGUGACGUCUCCUUGACACCACGGCUGGCUGUAUGAAGUCCAGGUGUGACGUCUCCUUGACACCACGGCUGGCUGUAUGAAGUCCAGGUGUGACGUCUCCUUGACACCACGGCUGGCUGUAUGAAGUCCAGGUGUGACGUCUCCUUGACACCACGGCUGGCUGUAUGAAGUCCAGGUGUGACGUCUCCUUGACACCACGGCUGGCUGUAUGAAGUCCAGGUGUGACGUCUCCUUGACACCACGGCUGGCUGUAUGAAGUCCAGGUGUGACGUCUCCUUGACACCACGGCUGGCUGUAUGAAGUCCAGGUGUGACGUCUCCUUGACACCACGGCUGGCUGUAUGAAGUCCAGGUGUGACGUCUCCUUGACACCACGGCUGGCUGUAUGAAGUCCAGGUGUGACGUCUCCUUGACACCACGGCUGGCUGUAUGAAGUCCAGGUGUGACGUCUCCUUGACACCACGGCUGGCUGUAUGAAGUCCAGGUGUGACGUCUCCUUGACACCACGGCUGGCUGUAUGAAGUCCAGGUGUGACGUCUCCUUGACACCACGGCUGGCUGGCCAUGCCAAAGUCAGGAAGGCAGUACAGUAAAUGUGAUAGAAGGUCUGAGUGCAAUAUGUUUGACCAAUAUGUUAAAAGGUGUCACCCGGGUGGAGGAAACAGGAGAGGAGCAGCCCUGCAGAAUAUGACCGGCCGUCCAUUUAACAGGGCUGGACUACUUUUUCAUCACAUGCUUAAGCCCUCUGACCCUGACCCCUGACCCCCGACCUCUCUGACCCUGACCCCUAACCCCCGACCUCUCUGACCUUGACCCCUAACCCCCGACCUCUCUGACCUUGACCCCUAACCCCCGACCUCUCUGACCCUGACCCCUAACCCCCGACCUCUCUGACAGUGCACUUCUCACAUCCAGCUGUGUUUAUGUUCUGAUCUCUACAUUUACGAAUUCACAGCUACCUUUUUGCAUUUUCAGUAUUUCUUUUCUCCAAAGCUGACAUUGGGUUUGACAGGGUUUAUCUGGCGUUGGGUUUGACAGGGUUUAUCUGACGUUGGGUUUGACAGGGUUUAUCUGGCGUUGGGUUUGACAGGGUUUAUCAUUAUUUUCGGACCAUUUUGCACCUAAGGAGGCAGGACUGCAACAGGUCCAGUAAACUCAUGCACACUGAUGAUCAAAAAUGCUCUCUCAGCAAAUCCCCUCUCUCUCUUUCUGUUGUUCAGCCUGAAAACAUCAUGCUGUUGGACAAGAACGUGCCCUUGCCAAGGAUCAAACUAAUCGAUUUCGGACUCGCUCACAAAAUCGAGGCGGGGGCAGAGUUUAAAAACAUUUUUGGGACUCCUGAAUUUGUGGGUAAGAUUUCAGUCUUGAGACUGGCUCACAUAAACAUGCCAUAACUAGACUACUAUACAUGAAUAUGAAUAACUACAUUAUCAAUGUGACAAAUCACAGGUAUUAAUAGGAAAUAAUAAUAAUCUAAUGAAUUCUGUCUGUUAUUGACACAUUAAAGAUAAUAUUAGGAAAUACACUGUUUUUAUGUAAUUACUUUUCUGUCAUUAAUUCAGUCUUCUAGUGACAAAUUAAAGAUAAUAUUAAAGAAAUACACUAUUUUGAUCCAAUGACUUUUCUAUCAUUGAUGCAUUAGUGCAGUCUUCUGCUGAUUGGUCACCUGUCUGUUUCAGCCCCAGAGAUAGUGAACUACGAACCACUGGGACUGGAGGCAGAUAUGUGGAGUAUAGGAGUUAUCACUUAUAUCCUGUGAGUUCAACACAACAUUAAGCAUGUUUUAACAUCAUGGUACACAACAGACAUCAAAUAAACAUACAUGUAACAGGGUUGGCGUAGAUGAAUACAUAUAAUUAUACAACGGGUGGGUCUAAUCCUGAAGGCUGAUUGGUUAAAACCGGCUAAAUCUAUGACGUUAAAAUGCCUAUUUUACUCUGUUCCAUCUGACUGCCCAAUCCACUGUCUCAUCAGCCCAGCCAGGCAAUUUAUAAACUUGAUUGCCACUAUAAAUAGCAUCUAGACAUUAUCUCACAUUUCUUUUAGACUAACAUUUGGUUUUCAACAGUGGAGAUUUGUAUAAACCUUGCUGUCUGUCUCUCCAACAUUUGCAACAUUGUUUCAUUAUUCAAAUUCGAUCUCCAGCUGUCCCAUAGUAAUGAACGUGUCAGGAGUCGGGAGUCGCGCCUCAUUGGCUCAUUGUUCUGGAUGUAUCCAAAUAAGCGUCUCUAGCAACCCUAGAUUUGUGUCGGGACUAUAUUUUGUGGAAGGAUGAAAAUAGUAUGAAUAAAUUAAUCUAAAUAACAUUUCUAAUGAAAAUAUGUCAAUCAUUAUUUGAAAUACGUUGGUAAACCCGUUGUAUAAAAGUGAUAAUGCCCUCGAAGCCGGUGUUUGGAGGAUAUAUUGGUACGGGUGUUGUUAGACUUCGUCUCGGGCCUAACAACACCCGUGUCAAUAUGUCCUCCAUACACCGGCUUCGAGGGCAUUAUCACUUAAGAGGGGGAGGGAGAGAUAAAAGGCUAGCAACAAUGUUCCUAACGCUCCCCUCCUCCUGUUCUGGCCUUGUUGUUGUGCUCCAGGCUGAGUGGAGCGUCUCCCUUCCUGGGAGAGACUCAACAGGACACGCUGGCCAACAUCUCAGCCAUGAACUACGAGUUUGACCAGGAGUUCUUCUGCAGAACCAGUGAGCUGGCCAAAAGCUUCAUACGACAGCUACUGGAGAGAGACAAGAUGUGAGUUGGAGGGGUCAGAGGUCAGAGGUGAGGUGGAGAGGGACAACCGGUUGGGGGUCAGGAGUGAGUUUGACCAGGAGUUCUUCUGCAGAACCGGCAAGCUGGCUAAUAACUUCAUAUGACAACUACUGGAGAGAGACAAGAGGUGAAGGGGUCAGAGGUGAGGUGGAGAGGAGAGGAGGAGUCAGAGGUGAGGGGUCAGAGGUGAAGGGGUCAGGGGUGAGGUGGAGAGGAGAGGAGGAGUCAGGGGUGAGGUGGAGAGGAGAGGAGGAGUCAGGGGUGAGGUGGAGAGGAGAGGAGGAGUCAGGGGUGAGGUGGAGAGGAGAGGAGGAGUCAGGGGUGAGGUGGAGAGGAGAGGAGGAGUCAGGGGUGAGGUGGAGAGGAGAGGAGGAGUCAGGGGUGAGGUGGGAGAGGAGAGGAGGAGUCAGGGGUGAGGUGGAGAGGAGAGGAGGAGUCAGAGGUGAGGGGUCAGGGGUGAGGUGGAGAGGAGAGGAGGAGUCAGGUGAGGGGAGAGGAGAGGAGAGGAGGAGUCAGAGGUGAGGGGUCAGGGGUGAGGUGGAGAGGAGAGGAGGAGUCAGGUGAGGGGGAGAGGAGAGGAGAGGAGGAGUCAGAGGUGAGGGGUCAGGGGUGAGGUGGAGAGGAGAGGAGGAGUCAGGUGAGGGGGAGAGGAGAGGAGAGGAGGAGUCAGAGGUGAGGGGUCAGGGGUGAGGUGGAGAGGAGAGGAGGAGUCAGGUGAGGGGGAGAGGAGAGGAGAGGAGGAGUCAGAGGUGAGGGGUCAGGGGUGAGGUGGAGAGGAGAGGAGAGGAGGAGUCAGAGGUGAGGGGUCAGGGGUGAGGUGCAGAGGGUGAGGAGGAGAGGAGUCAGAGGUGAGGUGGAGAGGGUGAGGUUUUAGAACCUGCGUUUUCUGUGUGUGCCAAAAGACUGUUAGACCGCUGAGCUAAAGCCUAGACAAUAUCUAUGGAAGCUCACACUAGUCUUCCUGGCUCAGGGAAGGCAAAUUCUGUAUUGUGUUUCCACAGCACAUCGUAGAACAGCUGUAUAGAAAAAGUGAUGUAACAUAUUAACACACUUUCGAGACCAUGAGGUUUCUUUACGUUACUCUGCAUGACUCUACACAGUACACACUCUCUUGAUGACAGUAACGCGGAGUGAUCUGUGUACAAGGUCAAAACAGACUUACACUGUCACAGUCUAAAAUCAAGUUACAGACGUCCCUCUGUUCUGUCUGCCCCCCCCCCCCCCCCCCCUUGUGAGUACAUGAACAUGUUUGUCUUACAGGAAGAGAUUAACUAUUCAAGAUGCUCUCAACCACACCUGGAUCAAGGUAUAUAAUGGUCACAUGAAAACAGCCGUGAUAGACGAUGUUAAGACAUGCAUGUUUUCUUUUUGUGACAUAACUUGCCUCAAGGCCUCUUCAUGCAUUUUAUAGUUUGCAUAACAGCUUCAUAAUUAUACUGUGACAUUUACUGUUCAAGGGCAGAAAGGUAUUUGUUUCUUGUUUGUACGGUUUUUUACAUACCUGGUUUAUGACCAUGUAAUGUAAUGCAUGUUAAGCUGUUAUGGACUGCACCCCCCACUGACAAUGUAUAAGAUAUGAUGACCUUGCUAUUAAGAUAGAGGAAGCUCUAGACUGUUAGUUUGAAUCAGACGUGUGAUUCAAUCAGAUGAGUUUUUCCUGAUAACAUGUCUGUCUUGACACGUUUGUGACUCUAACUUAAAUGUGCAACCAGUUGACAAAAGACAGCUGUGGUAGAAAGAUGAAUAACUGACCAUGUCACCUGGUGUGUUGUCUGUGGUUUGGUAAUGAAUAACUGACCAUCUCACCUGGAGUGUUGCCUGUGGUUUGGUAAUGAAUAACUGACCAUCUCACCUGGCAUGUUGCCUGUGGUUUGGUAAUGAAUAACUGACCAUCUCACCUGGAGUGUUGCCUGUGGUUUGGUAAUGAAUAACUGACUAUCUCACCUGGAGUGUUGCCUGUGGUUUGGUAAUGAAUAACUGACCAUCUCACCUGGAGUGUUGCCUGUGGUUUGGUAAUGAAUAACUGACCAUGUCACCUGGAGUGUUGCCUGUGGUUUGGUAAUGAAUAACUGACCAUCUCACCUGGAGUGUUGCCUGUGGUUUGGUAAUGAAUAACUGACCAUGUCACCUGGAGUGUUGCCUGUGGUUUGGUAAUGAAUAACUGACCAUCUCAUCUGGAGUGUUGCCUGUGGUUUGGUAAUGAAUAACUGACCAUCUCACCUGGAGUGUUGCCUGUGGUUUGGUCAUGAAUAACUGACCAUGUCACCUGGAGUGUUGCCUGUGGUUUGGUAAUGAAUAACUGACCAUCUCACCUGGAGUGUUGUCUGUGGUUUGGUAAUGAAUAACUGACCAUCUCACCUGGAGUGUUGCCUGUGGUUUGGUAAUGAAUAACUGACCAUGUCACCUGGAGUGUUGCCUGUGGUUUGGUAAUGAAUAACUGACCAUGUCACCUGGAGUGUUGCCUGUGGUUUGGUAAUGAAUAACUGACCAUCUCACCUGGAGUGUUGCCUGUGGUUUGGUAAUGAAUAACUGACCAUCUCACCUGGAGUGUUGUCUGUGGUUUGGUAAUGAAUAACUGACCAUCUCACCUGGAGUGUUGCCUGUGGUUUGGUAAUGAAUAACUGACCAUGUCACCUGGAGUGUUGCCUGUGGUUUGGUAAUGAAUAACUGACCAUCUCACCUGGAGUGUUGCCUGUGGUUUGGUAAUGAAUAACUGACCAUCUCACCUGGAGUGUUGUCUGUGGUUUGGUAAUGAAUAACUGACCAUCUCACCUGGAGUGUUGUCUGUGGUUUGGUAAUGAAUAACUGACCAUGUCACCUGGAGUGUUGUCUGUGGUUUGGUAAUGAAUAACUGACCAUCUCACCUGGAGUGUUGCCUGUGGUUUGGUAAUGAAUAACUGACCAUCUCACCUGGAGUGUUGCCUGUGGUUUGGUAAUGAAUAACUGACCAUGUCACCUGGAGUGUUGUCUGUGGUUUGGUAAUGAAUAACUGACCAUCUCACCUGGAGUGUUGCCUGUGGUUUGGUAAUGAAUAACUGACCAUCUCACCUGGAGUGUUGCCUGUGGUUUGGUAAUGAAUAACUGACCAUCUCACCUGGAGUGUUGUCUGUGGUUUGGUAAUGAAUAACUGACCAUCUCAUCUGGAGUGUUGCCUGUGGUUUGGUAAUGAAUAACUGACCAUCUCAUCUGGAGUGUUGCCUGUGGUUUGGUAAUGAAUAACUGACCAUGUCACCUGGAGUGUUGCCUGUGGUUUGGUAAUGAAUAACUGACCAUCUCAUCUGGAGUGUUGCCUGUGGUUUGGUAAUGAAUAACUGACCAUCUCACCUGGAGUGUUGCCUGUGGUUUGGUAAUGAAUAACUGACCAUCUCACCUGGAGUGUUGUCUGUGGUUUGGUAAUGAAUAACUGACCAUCUCACCUGGAGUGUUGCCUGUGGUUUGGUAAUGAAUAACUGACCAUGUCACCUGGAGUGUUGCCUGUGGUUUGGUAAUGAAUAACUGACCAUCUCACCUGGAGUGUUGCCUGUGGUUUGGUAAUGAAUAACUGACCAUGUCACCUGGUGUGUUGUCUGUGGUUUGGUAAUGAAUAACUGACCAUCUCACCUGGAGUGUUGUCUGUGGUUUGGUAAUGAAUAACUGACCAUGUCACCUGGAGUGUUGUCUGUGGUUUGGUAAUGAAUAACUGACCAUCUCACCUGGAGUGUUGCCUGUGGUUUGGUAAUGAAUAACUGACCAUCUCACCUGGAGUGUUGUCUGUGGUUUGGUAAUGAAUAACUGACCAUCUCACCUGGAGUGUUGCCUGUGGUUUGGUAAUGAAUAACUGACCAUCUCACCUGGAGUGUUGUCUGUGGUUUGGUAAUGAAUAACUGACCAUCUCACCUGGAGUGUUGCCUGUGGUUUGGUAAUGAAUAACUGACCAUCUCACCUGGAGUGUUGUCUGUGGUUUGGUAAUGGAUGCAUCUGACCACUGGCUUAUAUUCCAAUGCUGGACAGAACAUCAUCAAUGCAUUGCAUGCAGUGCCAGUAAGUGACUUCCAGCUCAGUAACCCUCCAUCUUUCUUCCUCAUCUCUUGUGUCUCAAGUCUAAUGAGUACAAGGAGGAGACCCCCAGCACAAAGACCCCGGACCAGACCAAGACCCCCAGCACCAAGACCCCGGACCAGACCAAGACCCCCAAGAAGCGCGAGCGCCGUCAGCUGAAGACCAAACGUCUCAAGGAGUAUACCAUGAAGUCCCACUCCUCCAUGCCCCCCAACAACACCUAUGCCAACUUCGAACGCUUCGCCCAGGUAGUGGAGGACAUCAGCCAGAUGGAGGGCUCCUUCUCUGGGCUAGCCUCGGCCCACGACUCCCUGCAGGAGGACAUCGACGCCCUGGUCUCCAUCUACAACCACAAGGAGUCCUGGUACAAGGAGGAGAGCGAGGGGGUCCGCCACCAGCUGUCUCAGAUCCGCUAUGAGUUCCGUAAGGUGGAGGUGAUGAAGAGGAGCCUGCAGGAUGAGAUGAAGGUGGUGGAUGUUAGCGUCAGCAACGUUAGCGCCCGCUACCAGGAGAGGAAGAGCCACUUUGACGCCCUAAGACAGGAGCUGAGCGACGAGCUGAAGUGGGUGCAGGACGUGGUGGGGUCGUUUGGGGUCACGGACGGGGUCGGUGGGGUCGGAAGAGGGGGUGGAGGAGGAGGAGGAGGGGGCUACCCCAACUGUAACUUCUCCACUGUGUUUAAUAAUGAUGUGAAUGAGGCGCUGAAGGAAAUGCUGAACAGAAGCUGUGGAGGAGAUCUGCUGUCUGAGAUUAGCCUGAACUUCACUGAGUCUGGAUUGAAGAGA